AUGUUGCGGUUUACAAUAGGAACUUCUGUUUUGCAAUUUAGAAAGCAUUCUGUGUUGAUUGGUCUUGCAAAAGCUGUCUUCGUUGUCUUUUUAGUGUACUUCAUCAUCAGAUAUUUGUAUUCUAAGAUUCCGGAUCAUCCAAUUUCAGACUUAAAAACAGAAAUAGAUAAGGGAGAGCUAUCUUUACUUGAACAAAGAUUAGAGAGGCUUGAGAAAGAAUUGCAAAGGAAUAGGAUUAUGCUUACUCAAGUUAAAGAUACUGUAAGAAGUUUCCUCCAACCUGAAUCUCCUCCUCUUGUCCCGUUCUCAUUUGGAUCUGCUUUAAGCAGAGCCAAUCGUAGUUUAGUAAAAUUAUCUCCAUAUGAUUGUCAGUUUUGUUCUGAGCCAAUUGCUGAUGCUGAUGAAAAUACUUUGGAUAUGUAUGAAAAAAUAGAUUUUGACAAUAAAGAUGGUGGAGUGUGGAAACAAGGCUGGGACUUACAGUACGAUCCUAACCAGUGGAGUGAGCAGAAAAAAUUAAAAAUUUUUGUUGUCCCACAUUCCCACAACGAUCCAGGAUGGAUUAAAACCUUUGAAAAAUAUUUUAAAGAUCAAACUCAACAUAUUUUGAAUAACUUAGUUUUGAAAAUGAAAGAUGACAAAAGACGCAAGUUCAUUUGGGCAGAAAUUUCAUAUUUUGCUAUGUGGUGGGAAAAGGUCGACCGGAACACUCAGUUACUUGUGAAAAGGCUACUAAACGAUGGACAGCUAGAGAUAGUUACUGGUGGCUGGGUUAUGAAUGAUGAAGCUACAGCUCACUAUUUUGCUAUGAUUGAACAAAUGAUAGAGGGUCACCAAUGGCUGGAACAAAAUUUAGAAUACAAGCCAAAAAAUGGAUGGGCCAUUGACCCCUUUGGCCUAUCUCCAACGAUGGCCUAUAUGCUGAGAAGAAUGGGUCUAGAUAAUAUGGUUGUUCAGCGAGUUCACUAUUCAAUCAAAAAAUAUUUAGCGGAGCUUAAAAGUUUAGAAUUUGUAUGGAGACAGCAAUGGGAUCACAACCAUACAAUGGAUAUAUUGUGCCAUACCAUGCCUUUCUAUAGCUAUGAUAUUCCUCACUCCUGUGGUCCUGAUCCGAAAGUUUGUUGUCAAUUUGAUUUUAAACGUCUUCCAGGAAAUAAAGUUAACUGUCCAUGGAGAGUUCCACCUGUGCCAAUUACUGAUAAAAAUGUAGCUGAUAGAGCAUGGAUGUUACUUGACCAAUACAGAAAAAAGUCACAAUUAUUUCGAAGUAAUGUUGUAAUGAUUCAGCUAGGAGAUGACUUCCGAUAUGAUAAACCUAAUGAAUGGGAUCAACAGUUUAAUAAUUACCAAAAGCUUUUUGACUAUAUAAACAGCAGGGAUGAUUGGCAUGCAGAAGCAAAGUUUGGUACUUUAGAAGAUUAUUUUUCUUCACUUAGAGCAGAUACUGGUAUAGAUGAUAAAAAUAUGCCUUCUGAUUUUCCCUCCCUCGUGGGAGAUUUCUUCACUUAUGCUGAUAGAGAUGAUCAUUAUUGGAGUGGUUAUUUUACUUCAAGACCAUUUUAUAAAAAUAUGGAUAGGGCCUUGGAGGCCCAUUUAAGGGGAGCUGAAAUUCUCUUCAGUCUAAUGGUUGCAAAAAUAGACAAACAAGUAAUGUCGUCUGUUCUUCCAUAUAUUGCAAUCUUAAUGAGUGAUUUAGUGGCAUCUAGACGAACGUUAAGUCUUUUCCAGCAUCAUGAUGCCAUUACUGGAACAUCCAAGGACCAUGUAGUUAUAGAUUAUGCAUCAAAGAUGUUUGCAGCCUUUCAAAAGCUGAGAAACAUUAUUGGACAAUGUGCAGUCUUUCUAUUAGCACCAAAUUUUUUAGAUGUGCUUGACGAGCAGUUUGCAUUAUUGCAGACAGAUGAAUACCGACAUCACAGUGCUUUUCCUACAAAAGUUCCGAUCAAAUUUACUGGAGAUAGAAAAGACAGGUACAUUGUUUUAUAUAACUCUCUGGGUCAGUCACGGAAUGAGCUAGUUAGAGUCAUAGUAACUACUCCAGCAGUACAAGUCAAAGAUAGCACUGGCAAUGUAAUACCAUGCCAGAUAAAUCCAGUAUUUAAGAAAAAUAAUCUUUUGAGCACAGAAUAUGAGUUAAUAAUCUACGCUGAACUAUCUCCACUUAGUCUAACUACAUACACUAUUCAAACAGUUGAAGAUGAUCAUUCAAAUUCUUACCGAGCAGCAAUUAAAUUUAUUAAUGUAGAUAAAAUUCCUACCCAUCAGAGCUUUCACAUGAUUCGCCAAGAUGCACCAGACGUUUUUUCAGUCAAAUCAGAUUAUUUUAAAGGUAUCUUUUCUGGACCCACUGGAAUGUUACAAAAGCUGAUAUGUCUUGAUGAUGGUUCAGAAUUUGACAUUAAGAUUAAAUUCCUUAAAUAUGGAACAAAAACAAAAGGAAAGGAUAAAAGCGGAGCUUAUCUUUUUCUUCCGGACAGUGAAGCUAAGCCUGUCGAUUACAAUAAGCCACAAAUUAGAAUUCUAGAAGGACCACUGAUGUCUGAAGUUACUGUUAUUUUAAAAGAAGUUGAACAUCAUGUGUAUUUCAAGAAUUCUCCAGGGUUAGAUGGAUUUGGGAUUGAUAUUUACAAUGUGGUGAAUAUUGCAACGGAAACAAAUAAAGAGUUAAUAAUGCGUUUCUACACUAAUAUCACCAAUGACAAUCAGGACUUCUAUACUGACCUAAAUGGCAUGCAAAUGAUACGCCGUCAUUAUUUUGAUAAACUACCCAUUCAAGCAAAUGUUUAUCCAGUUUCUACAAUGGCAUACUUUCAGGAUCAUAGUACCAGAUUUUCUUUACUCACUGCACAUUCAGUUGGGGCCACCAGUCUGCAACCAGGUUGGUUUGAAGUGUUUCUCGAUAGACGACUCAACCAAGAUGACAAUCGUGGCUUACAGCAAGGCGUUACUGAUAACAGGGAUACUCCUACCUUUUUCCGGAUCAUGUUUGAGCAUCGAAAUAAAAAGGGUUCUUCACUUUAUCCUUCCCUAUUAGCACAUCAGUCAUCACUUUCAUUGCUGCAUGCCCCAUUUGUUUUGAUGAGGAUGGAUAAAGAUAUUGAUAAUGUAAUUUUGCGUAGCCCUGAUGCGCCUUUGAAAGCUAAAUAUUCUGUUGGCAUUGAACUUCCCUGUGAUGUCCAUCUUUUAAACUUACGAACAUUACAAGCUUUAUCUGGAAGUACAAUAGUGCCAUCUAAUAUUACAGCCCUUUUUCUUCACAGAAUUGGUUUCGAUUGCAAUUUCAAAAUGUGGGGCCUCUGUUCUACUCGCAAUGGAACAGUGUCUGUGGAGGAAUUGUUUCCUAACUUGUUCAGCAAUAGUGUAGAAGAAGCAUCUUUGUCUCUUAUGUAUACAGGUAGUAAAUUUUCUAAAGAUGCUCAUAUUCAACUUCCGCCAAUGGAAAUUGUCACCCUGAAACUUAGCCAAAGGUGA